AUUUUUCUAAAUAUUAACGAAUUGCCGAACAGCUUUUUUAUUUAUACAUAAAAAAUAUCUCUCUUACAUAUAUGAAAAUGAGACUAUAUUUAUAGAGAGAGAAAGCAGUGUGUAGACUCUUACACUCUGCUCCUCAGAUAUAGAGAGAGAAAGUUCAGAAGUGCGCGUAGUGUAUGAAUUAAUUGGGGUUCAGUUUUUGGCAGAUUUUGCAUGACAUUAUUCUGUUAGAAAAAAUAACCGAAAACUCACCUUUUUGUGCUCUGCUUCUGCUACCGUUUGUCUUCACUCGUCAGGUAAAGCACAGUUAAGAGACCAAUUAUAGCAGCAUUGACCAUGUUUCGUCGCAAGAAUCAUUCUAAUAUUGAACAGGAGGGUGAGGAGAAGCAGCACAAGGUUAAGGAGCUUAGGGCUUCCCUGGGGCCACUAUCAGGGCGCAGCUCGCAGUACUGCACUGAUGCAUGUUUAAGGAGGUAUUUGGAAGCACGGAACUGGAAUGUAGAUAAAUCGAGGAAGAUGUUGGAGGAGACACUUAAAUGGAGGUCAUCUUUUAAACCUGAAGAAAUCCGCUGGCAUGAAGUAGCAAUAGAAGGUGAGACUGGGAAGGUGUAUAAAGCAAAUUUUCAUGACCGCUACGGCAGGACAGUCCUUAUAUUGCGACCUGGAAUGCAGAACACAUCAGCACUGGACAACCAAAUGAAGCAUUUGGUAUAUCUGAUAGAGAAUGCUAUUCUUAAUCUGCCAGAAGGUCAAGAACAGAUGGCCUGGUUAAUUGACUUCACGGGAUGGUCUAUAACCAAUAAUGUUCCCAUAAAAUCUGCUCGCGAGACAAUCAAUAUUUUGCAAAACCACUACCCUGAGAGACUCGCUGUAGCAUUUCUGUAUAACCCACCGCGAAUUUUUGAAGCAUUUUGGAUGAUUGUCAAAUACUUUAUGGAUCCCAAAACAUUUCAGAAGGUCAAGUUUGUCUAUCCAAAGAACAAGGAUAGCGUGGAACUGAUGAAGUCAUUCUUCGAUGUGGAUAAUCUUCCUACUGAGUUCGGAGGAUCAGCGACUUUGAAUUAUGAUCACGAGGAGUUUUCAAGGAAAAUGGCUCAAGAUGAUGUGAAAGCUGCCAAAUUUUGGGGUUUUGACAAACACCACUCUGGUGCUAAUGGUUACUCUGCGGCAGAGGUUGCUCCAGAGCCUGAAUCUAUUGCCCCUCCAGCCAUAGCUUAGAUGCUUGAUCCACUGACCAGUUCAGUCUUAUAUUGCCUAACUGAGUUUAAAUAAAUAAUGAGAGGAAUGUAAGAUCUUGCCCUCCCCUUCAGCAUAUUAUCAGGGACUAGAACACUUCCUAAGGUUAUUUUCUUGAUUUAACUCAUGGCAGCUGAAAACCUUGGUACCUUAUUUAUAGGUUGUAUUAUGCUCUAUUUAGAGUCAAAGAGCUGCAAGCUUAAGGUUUCAUCUUCC